AUGUCCGACAAGAAGACCGCCGACGUCGAUUAUGCUCACCUCCCCAUCCCCACCUAUGAGGAGGCAACCUCCUCGCGGCCAACUUCUUCUCAGUCAUAUCAUCAGGGAACUCAAGAGAUAAACGAUAAUGCGGAAAGGGAAGGUCUUCUCGGACAGAGCGGACGUGCCGGUGAACGAGGAGAAUCGAGACAUGGCGGAUAUCGUCCGCCUAUGGUGGGAUCGGAGCGAUCCAGCAUCGACAGCGAAUUCUCCUUUGAAUCCUUGGAAAGGGAUAACCGCAAUGCAGAAGAUGAAGAACUUCGACGAGAGAUGUUCGAGAUGGAGGUGCUGGACGCUGAAUCCGGACAAGCAAGCUCUCAAACAUCACCAAUGCGCCAUCGAUUCUCGAAACGAUUGAACAGCAUCACCAACACCUUGUCCUCAAUACAUCUUCCUUUUCGGAUGCGGAUGCCAUCGUUCUCCUUUGAUAUUUGGUCGCGCAUGCCACCAUGGAUGGUUGAAUAUUCUGUCAGAGUCCGUGUGUUAGCUCGUUUCCUGGGCUUGAUACUUGUCAUGCUCGUCGUGUAUGCUUUAUUUGUCACUGAGAUCUUUCCAUUUCGAAAUGCGGCUAUGGGCGGACAGAUGUAUGAUCCCGAAUCAGUCAGAUCAUUUGUGCAAGGAAAUGUGGAUGAGCACCAGAUUCGAAAAUACCUCUCCAACCUCACCGGCUAUGAUCGUAUGGCGGGUACCGAAGGCUCCUAUGCUUCGGCCUUGUACGUGGAGGAGUUAUUCAGAGCCGGAAAUCUGGAGGGGGUGGGUCUUGAUAGAUACCAAGUUUACUUAAACUUUCCCCGCAAAGACGGAAGGAGAGUUGCAAUUAUAGAACCCCCCGAGCUGGCUUGGGAGGCAGUGAUAGAAGAAGAAUCAGUAUACGAACAUCCGACACCGCAACAGCAGCAAACCAUGGUCUUCCACGGGCACUCUCGUGCAGGCAACGUUACUGGUCCCCUGGUUUAUGCAAAUUAUGGCUCUCGAGAGGACUUUGAAACCCUCAAAGAGAAUGGGGUCGAUCUCAAGGGUACGAUUGUAUUAGUGAGAUACUAUGGUACACAGGGCGAUCGUGCUUUAAAGGUGAGGGCGGCUGAGCUCGCCGGCGCCGCGGGGUGCAUAAUCUAUAGCGACCCUGCCGAGGACGGUUUCCGCAAAGGAGCCGCCUGGCCUGAUGGAAGAUGGCGACCCAGUGACGGUGUUCAACGAGGAGCAGUAAGCUUGAUGAGCUGGGUAGUCGGCGACGUCCUCACCCCUGGUUACGGAUCACUACCCGACGCAGACCGAAUAUCCAAGAAUAACAAUCCUGGGUUGGUGAAUAUCCCGAGCAUCCCAUUGGCAUGGCGGGAUGCCCAGAAACUCUUGCAAGUACUCAAAGGGCAUGGUCACAAGGUGACCGAUGAUUGGGUAGGCGGAGUUCCGGAUAUUAAAGAGUGGUGGUCUGGAGAUCAAUCGUCCCCCAUAAUCCACCUAAUGAAUGAGCAAGACGAGAUCGACAAACAGCCAAUUUAUAAUGUAGUUGGCAAGAUCACUGGGCUGGAGCAGCCGAGCAAAACCGUCUACGUUGGUAAUCACCGCGACUCGUGGUGCUUUGGAGCUACCGACCCUGGCAGCGGGACGGCAGUAAUGCUCGAGGUCAUUCGAAUUUUCGGCGAACUUCGCGAUCUGGGAUGGCGUCCGAUGCGGUCUAUUGUCUUCAAUUCCUGGGAUGCGGAAGAGUAUAACUUGAUUGGCUCGACCGAGUUUGUCGAAUCAAACCUCGAAUACCUUCACCGGGACGGUAUUGCGUACCUCAAUGUUGAUGUGGCAGUUGCCGGCAGCGACUUUGAGGCAGCAGGAUCUCCUGUUUUUCGAAAAAGCCUAGGGCACGUCCUCGACCGCACUUCAGACCCUUUCAAGAACAAGACCCUGCGCGCAAUCUGGGAAGAGACGGGGAGAGAUCUGGGAGGUCUUGGGGCAGGCAGCGAUUAUGUCGCAUUCCAAGACAUUGCCGGCACAUCAAGUAUUGAUAUCCGCUUCUCCGGUCCCGGCUUCCCAUAUCAUAGCUGCUACGAUAGCUUCGAAUGGAUGGACAAAUUUGGCGAUCCAGGUUUCCAGUAUCACAAAAUUCUUGCCCAAGUCUGGGCGCUCUUGAUCCUCGAAAUCGCAGAUACGCCAGUUCUGCCUUUCGACAUGUUUGGAUAUGCAGUGGCGGUAGGGAAAUACAUUGAAGAUGUCCAAGUAUACGCAUAUUCGAACAUGGGCGGUGGGUUAAAUUUCGCGCCGCUCCGCGAAGCCGCAGAAGUCAUGGCCAAAAACACGGAAACAUUCGAAGCCUGGGAGAUGGCGUGGGUCCAGGAAGUCUAUGGAUCUGGAGGGUUUGAAAGCAAUGUCAUUGCCAUUCAACGAAUGAGCCGGAACACGCGAAUGGCGCAGUUUGAGACUGAUCUCUUGGACCUCCUUCCUGGUGGCGGGCUUCCCGGCCGUGAACAAUUCAAACACGUCAUUUUUGCCCCGCAAGCCUGGUCUGGUUACGACGAAGCCUUUUUCCCUGGCAUUCGCGACGCUGUUGACGCCAGAGAUUGGCCACUGGCUCAGAAACAGAUUCAAAAAGCAGCAGAUUUAAUCCGUUCCGCCAGCGAGAAGCUUAUUCUCUGA